UCUGGCGUGGCCUCCACAUCCUCCCCGAUGGAAGCAGAAACGGGGAGCAGCAUGGAGACUGGGAAAGUGGCCAACAGAGGCACUCGAAUCGCCCUGGUGGUGUUCAUCGGUAGCACCCUGGUGCUGGGCACCGUCCUCUUUCUAGUGAGUCAAGGUUUCUUAAGUCUCCAAGCUAAACAGGAGUACUGCCUGAAGCCAGAAUGCAUCGAAGCUGCUGCUGCCAUCUUGAGUAAAGUAAAUCCGUCUGUGGACCCUUGUGAUAAUUUUUUCCGGUUUGCUUGUGAUGGCUGGAUAAGCAGUAACCCAAUUCCUGAAGAUAUGCCAAGCUAUGGGGUUUAUCCUUGGCUGAGACAUAAUGUCGACCUCAAGUUGAAGGCACUUUUGGAGAAAUCGAUCAGUAGAAGGCGGGACAUCGAAGCCAUCCAGAAAGCCAAAAUCCUUUAUUCAUCUUGCAUGAAUGAGAAAGCGAUUGAAAAAGCAGACGCCAAGCCAUUGCUACACAUCCUGCGGCAUUCACCUUUUCGCUGGCCUGUGCUCGAGUCUAAUAUUGGUCCGGAAGGGGUUUGGUCAGAGAGAAAGUUCAGCCUUCUGCACACACUUGCAACGUUUCGUGGCCAAUACAGCAAUUCUGUGUUCAUCCGCUUGUAUGUGUCCCCCGAUGACAAGGCAUCCAAUGAACACAUCUUGAAGCUGGACCAGGCGACACUCUCCCUAGCUGUGAGGGAAGACUACCUUGAUAAUAGCACAGAAGCCAAGUCUUAUCGGGAUGCCCUUUACAAGUUCAUGGUGGAUACUGCCGUACUUCUGGGAGCUAAUAGCUCCCGAGCAGAGCAUGACAUGAAGUCGGUGCUUAGAUUAGAAAUUAAGAUAGCUGAGAUAAUGAUUCCACAUGAAAACCGAACCAGUGAAGCGAUGUACAACAAAAUGAACAUUUCUGAACUGAGUGCUAUGAUUCCCCAGUUUGACUGGCUCGGCUACAUCAAGAAGGUCAUUGAUGUUAGACUCUACCCUGACCUGAAAGACAUCGGCCCCUCAGAGAAUGUGGUCGUCCGCGUCCCUCAGUACUUUAAGGACCUGUUUAGGAUAUUAGGCUCUGAGAGGAAGAAGACUAUUGCCAACUAUUUGGUGUGGAGGAUGGUUUAUUCCAGAAUUCCAAACCUUAGCAGGCGCUUUCAGUAUAGGUGGCUGGAAUUCUCAAGGGUAAUCCAGGGGACCACGACUUUGUUGCCUCAGUGGGACAAAUGUGUAAACUUUAUCGAAAGCGCCCUCCCUUAUGUUGCUGGAAAAAUGUUUGUGGAUGUGCACUUCCAGGAAGAUAAGAAGGAGAUGAUGGAGGAAUUGAUUGAGGGUGUUCGCUGGGCCUUCAUUGACAUGCUGGAGAAAGAAAACGAGUGGAUGGAUGCAGAGACCAAAAGGAAAGCCAAAGAAAAGGCAAGAGCUGUUUUGGCAAAAGUUGGCUAUCCUGAGUUUAUAAUGAAUGAUACUCAUGUUAAUGAAGACCUCAAAGCAAUCAAGUUUUCAGAAUCGGACUACUUUGGCAACGUCCUGCAGACCCGCAAGUAUUUAGCACAGUCUGAUUUCUUCUGGCUGAGAAAAGCUGUUCCAAAAACAGAGUGGUUUACAAAUCCAACGACUGUCAAUGCUUUCUAUAGUGCAUCCACCAACCAGAUCCGAUUUCCAGCAGGAGAGCUCCAGAAGCCUUUCUUUUGGGGAACAGAAUAUCCUCGAUCUCUGAGUUAUGGCGCUAUAGGAGUAAUUGUUGGACACGAAUUUACACAUGGGUUUGAUAAUAAUGGUAGAAAAUAUGAUAAAAAUGGAAACCUGGAUCCUUGGUGGUCUCUGGACUCAGAAGAAAAGUUUAAGGAAAAAACAAAGUGCAUGGUAAACCAGUAUAGCAACUAUUACUGGAAGAAAGCUGGCCUGCAUGUGAAGGGGAAGAGGACCCUGGGAGAAAAUAUUGCUGACAAUGGAGGUCUGCGGGAAGCUUUUAGGGCUUACAGGAAAUGGAUAAAUGACAGGAGGCAGGGAGUGGAGGAGCCUCUUCUACCAGGUAUCACAUUCACCAACAACCAGCUCUUCUUCCUGAGUUAUGCUCAUGUAAGGUGCAAUUCCUACAGACCGGAAGCUGCCCGAGAACAAGUUCAAAUUGGUGCUCACAGUCCACCUGAGUUUAGGGUCAAUGGUGCAAUUAGCAACUUUGAAGAAUUCCAGAAAGCUUUUAACUGUCCCUCCAAUUCCACGAUGAACAGAGGCACGGACUCCUGCCGACUUUGGUAGCUGGACUGCUGGUUUGUGCCAUCCUGGGAGAGCUGAACGGUGCCAGCAGAGGCUGCACUGAGCAUGCAUCACCUGCCUCCUUUAGGCCUAUAUUCCCCUGAGGACUUUUAUUUUUAAUGAAUCUUCAUUAUUUUGGUGCUGCUUGGAUUUAAACAGUAUCUUUGCAAAGUUGUAAGGCUUAA